AUGGAAGGCCCGUCUUCUUCAUUAUCCAUUCCCCCCCUCCAAGUCCUGGCCCCCACCCCAUCGUUGUCACCAGACGCGACAGCGAUACCGUCUGCUCAUCGACUUCCAGUUACGCCCCCACAGCCGCUGAAGGAUUCUUUUUCGAAAGAGUCAGUAAAAGCUUUUCUCCGUCAGAGAUUUUCAAAAACCACAUCCAGUGAGCGCAAGGCAUCCCCAGUUCUACUCUCCUUUGACGAGCUACCAGAAUGGCACCAAGAUAACGAGUAUAUCCGUCAUGGCUACCGUCCGAUCUCAGGCUCGGCUCGGGUCUCGUUCCGCAGUUGGUCCUACCUCCACAACGAGUCGGUGAAUAUAUUUUCCCACUUCAUACCGGGAAUCGGUUUUCUCCUCGGCGAGUGGUACAUUCUGCAGUACCUUGCAAGUAAAUACUCCCGGAUCACAGCCACUGAUUAUGUCAUAUUUACCAUAUUCCUCUUGACUGCCGUCAUCUGCUUGGGGCUGUCGACAACAUACCACACCAUGAUGAACCACUCCAACAAGGUUGAAAAGUUCUGGCUGCGGCUGGAUCUGGUAGGAAUAAUGGUCUUGACAGUGGGCGACUUUGUGUCGGGAAUUUAUGUGAUUUUCUGGUGCGAACCUACGCAACGCAAGAUAUACUGGUCCAUGAUUGGAGUCCUUGGAACGAUUACCAUCUUGAUCAUGGUAAAUCCCAGAUUUCAGCAUCGAAAGUUUCGGGUGUUCCGGACACUUACGUUUGUGGCGACUGGCGCGUCUGGUUUCGCACCGUUGAUACAUGGAAUCGUCAUAUUUGGUUGGUCGCAAAUGGUGAAACAAUCUGGUCUACCAUAUUACCUUGUUGAAGGAGGUUUUCUGUUAUUCGGAACUUUGUUUUACGCAGUGAGCCUCCGACUCCCUGCUACAUAUGGCAGCUAA